GAAACACAGCGCACUGCCUCCCCUUCACUUGCGUCCUAACGACGGAUGGGAGCGCAGAAACAACGGAUGUAGCUUCACGAUUAUAUUAUUGAUGUUUCGAGACAUCCGCAGCAGCCCGUGUAGCCAGAUUGUGGCCGAUUUCGGACGUGCAAGCGACGCUACUCCUGCUUGGAAUUAAAUGUCCUUUUGUCUGCGCAACUGGCAACAUUUUAUGUGUUAUCGGGAUUGGGAAGUAAACACGCUGGCCUGCGCUCAUGAUUAGAGGCGAGGUGAGAUUGAUACCUCAGACUCACAUUGUCCUUGAUCGCAAGUUGAUUUUACUUCGGAGUAGAGCAACUGUGGGCUCUAAUGGCGUCAGUUUCGAAGGUGUCUAUUCUGGAUUACUUUAAUAUUGUGUUUGAAGGUGAAAAUGGCAAAAUCGAGUCCAACUGCAAGGCUUGUGGUACAAGGAUCCAGGCGAAGCGAAGUGUCACGUCCAACUUCGUAACGCACCUUAAGCGGAAACACCAGGCUAUGUAUGAUGACUUUGUGAAAAGGAAGGAUAUGAAGAGAGAAGGUUACUCCUCUGGUUCCCUGCACAGUUUCACCACUAAUGGAGGGAACACCCGCUACACUCUCCCCAUCAGUACUCGAGUGGGAGGUGGAGGAGGAGGAGGAGGAGUUGUUGGAGGAAUGGGAACUCUUGAGGGAAGAGUAGGAGGAGGCUCUGGAGGAGGGGUGACCAAGUUUGACAGACAUGACCCACGUCAGGUUCUGAUCUCUGAGGCUAUAGCUAAGAUGAUUGUGCGUGACCUGCAGCCAGUGUCCAUAGUGGAAAAUCAAGGUUUCAGAGAGCUGCUUCAGCUCCUGGAGCCACGUUACACUCCUGAGCCCCAGCAUUACAUCCAGAGCCAGCUCCUCCCAGCCUACACCUACCAGGCCCAGCUAGCAACCCGUCAGGCCCUGGCCUCAGCACACGCCCUCAGUCUCAGCCUGGAUCUCUGGAGGGGCUUAACUGGAGCCACUUCAGGGUACCUCGGUGUCACCUGCCAUUUUCUGACAUCUGAUUGGCAGAUGUGUUCAGCUCUCCUGGCGUGCCUUCCCCUGACUGGAGGCAGCUCUGGGAAUCGCGUGCUUUCAGAUUUUGAUGAAGUAUGUCACUCUCAUGGGGUGUCAGGGAGAGCAUUUUGUGUGGUUGCGGACCCUUUCCUAUCAACAACAACAGUAAAGCCAUGUUGUCUCCCUGGUUUCCUGGUUUCACCUACUCUCGCUAACGGGCAAGACGAAGAAGAUGGAGAAGAGGUGGACAAUGGUAACAAUGUGGAGGAAAGGAUCAGGAAUGGCCAUGGUGACGGAGGAGAGGAAGGAGAGUGGGAGCAUGGUCUGGGUGUUUGUCGAGUGGACUGUUUCUCUCGCUCCCUUGAACAGUGUGUCAGAGAGGGGUUACACUCCUGUCCACAGGUCACUUCCACACUGGCCAAGGCUGCCUGUUUCUACAACUACGUUACCUCUGUUGUCCCACCUGAGAAACUUAUCCAGGUGUUUGAUGGUCCUGGGUUGAGCAUGGGGGCACCAGGAAAUACCCUUCCUGCAGCAAGAGACUGGGCUGCUCAGCUUAGGGUGCUUCGGCGGCUGCUGGACUCAGUGGAGUUCCUGGAGGAGGUGAGUGGUCCGGGGGAGCUGGCGCUGGGUGGUUCAGAGAGAGCCCUGCUGAGGGAGCUCACUGACACUUUGGAGCCCUUCACUGAGGCCUGGGACAUGGUGCAAGGGGACAGACAGGCAGACAUACAGACAGACAAACAUGUGUCCAUCAGCCUGGCUCUGCCGUGUGUUCUGGGCCUUCGUAAGCAUCUCUCUGAGACGUCGACUCCCCACUGCCCCUCUCUGCUGGCAGGCCUCAGCCAGGCUGUAGAGCGUCGGCUGGCCCCUGUCCUGGAGGACCCUCUCUACAUCACUGCCACCACCCUGGACCCCCAGUUCAAGCUCACUUGGAGCAGCAACCCUGACUGGCAUAGACAAGUUCUCAUAGAGGAGUUGUCCAAAUAUUCAUCAGCCUCCAGCCCCAUAGAGCCCAACACAGACCUACAUCCUCAAUCUCAGACCCCUCCUGCCCCAGCUCCAUCACCGGUCUCCUCGUUUUCCCGGCCCUGUAAGCUGUUCUCUUUCAUCAAGCAGAGACCCACAACACAGGCCAAGAGCCUAGAGCAGGAGUUGGCCGUCUACCUACGAGAGGAACCCACAGACGAGGAGGCUUUGCAUUACUGGCGGCGUAAAGCAAUUGACUUUCCUCUGCUUGCCCAGAUAGCCAAGAGGGCAUUUACCAUACCUGCUUGUGGCACUGUAGUCGAGAGCAUUUUCACUACUGCUGGGCGCUGUCUGCGGCCAGAGAGAGGCCGCGUCUUACCAAAGAACCUUGAGACGCUCAUCUACCUCAAAGCAAACUACAGAUUACUAUGGACUUAAAGCUAGGAGUCAAGCAUUUCUUUUACCUAAAUAGCAACAGAAGGCUUUGUACCUUCAGUUAUGUUACUUACUUCUUGGAUACUGACCUCUGUUCCCCUCUAAGGAAACUGAGCUAACAACAUGACAUAGUCCUCAUACUACAUAUCAUUUGACGUGAGAUGGAAUGAAUUACCCAGAGUUUCAGAGCCAAGGCUCAGUUUCCCUUCUUAAGGUUUUUUAGACUGCAGUAGUUGUGGAUUGCUGUCUCUACCAUGUAGCCUGCAUAAGGACAAUUAUACCACAUGCUGUGGACCGAGGGGACUAGAAGCAGAUCAAUACUGAAGCAUUUACCUUGACAUUAUUUUGCCUGGUCAGGGUCUUCAGACAAUCGCAAAACCACAAAGCCCCCACUCUCUAUCCUCCCAACCCCAAACAUAGCUUGUUUGUGUGCACUGACAUACCAACGAUAACCAAAUGGUCGAUAAUUGCAUUCUGUAGCAUCUGAUUUAUUCUGUUGUAUACAAUAACCCUAGAAGUUGUGACUAAUUCAUUUGAUGUUGUUUUUGAAGGAGGGCAUCAGCUGCUAAACAAUAUGUCAUCCAUUUAUUCUUUUUUCUCUCUCUUUGUAUGUAUUCCUUAUCACUGAGACAUCAUAAUAAACAAGUUUCACUUCCUA